AUGUGGUGCGCGAGCAAGGCCGCCGAGAGCGCGUUCGCACGUCUCUGUGCGGACGCCGAAGCAGAAACCACAGCAACUGAAAUCUCAUCGGAUGUUGAAGCGACUCAGCCUGUGUCACCUGGUGAUGCAGGCGCUCGUCAUGAAGACACUCAUGUCUUCACAGAGUAUGAGCUCGGUGUCUCAUACUCUCCUGAUACGGAAGACGGAUCCGUAUCGACGGCGAUUGAAUCCAAGCCGCCUGCCAAGCGUGGCAUGGAUGAUGCUAUGCGUCGUAGCAUCUUUGGUUCAUCUGAUUCAUCAGAUGAACCAUCGCCGAAGCGAAGGCGCUCGAGGUCGCGAGACUCGGGCGCUAACAGUGGUGUCGGUUCUCCUGUUGACACCACUUCGCAACAAGGUGCCAGUACUUCUGUCGGCACGUCCAAGAAGAGCGGGACCGCAGCGUGGAACGCCUACAUCCAUAACCUUGAGGAUGUAGGUCGUGACGUUUGGAACGACAAACUUAUCAAAGCUCGUGAUAAGUUUAAAAAGCGAACCCCGACAGGUACACGCUACAAGCUGCAUCGUCUGUCUAAGGAGAAAGGGUUACCCUGCCUCUCCUGGGUAGACUCGUGCUCAUGUUGUGUGAACAACUCUGCACGAGCACCUAAGGAGGCUUACCUCCCUAAUAGCCCGUGGUGGCGCGUACGUAUCUCUAGUGAGACGUACGAAGGGAUUGACAACCUGAAAUCUCUUUACUACCGUGCCGGAAAGACUUUCUCCGGCGGUCCUUCUGCGGCACAGGAUGUGCCGUGUCGUACUGCUCAACCAGACCCAGUACGUCAACCAUCAGUUGGGAGCGGGGCUCCCAAGCAUCCCAGGACUGGGGAUAGCCGCGUUACCGAACGAGAUAACUCGUCCGACGUCCGUUCACGUCGCGGUGGUUCAACAGCUGCUCAACCAGAUAGCGCUGGCCACCGCGAGAGUUCUCUAAUGGAGGUGGAGGAAGAGGGAAGACGCUCUCCACACAAUCGUGGGGAAGCGUGUGUUCCCGAGAGCUUCUUUGAUCGCGUAACGCAAGGGUUACGCGGCGAUCUCGAACAUGAGCGGGACAGGCGUCUCCAACUGUCGGACACUAUCUUGAAGCAUCGAGCUGAGUUUACCUUUGCUCAGCUUGAGAACGAGAGAGCUCUGACGUCUCCGCGUGACGAUCUAAGGGUAGCUCGUGGGAAUGUUGAUCGGUCUCGGGCUGAGAUAACUGCUCUUCAAACCCUUGUCGAUGCCCACCAUCGGGAGCACAAGGCUCUCUGCGAGAUGCUUGAGCGCAAGGGCGUUCUUCAUCGGAAGAAGCAGCGUACUGAUGGUACGGCUUAA